GCAAAAAUUCAAUUCAGCCUGAAACCUUUGGAUGUUAUAUAUAUACACAAAGCCUCUAAGGGAAUGACUACACAUCCCUUUGUUUUAAAUGGGGAUUGUUUUGGGCUCACACAACGUCGAACGGCAAUAAUGCGAACCAUCUAUUUUUCAAGGUGUAAGAUCAUUCUUUCAAAAUAUUAGGCAAAUCGGAAAUAAUUGAGUCAUUUUGUUGAGUUCAAAGAAAUUGAGGAACACAAUAUUCUAAGAAACAUUGAAAUUUCAUCAUAACAAUUAAAUGGGCAAAUUGUCUCAAACUAAAUUUAAGUUUUGCAUGGAUGAUCUAUGAAUCGGGACUUGAAAAAAUAGAUGGUUUGGAUUGUUAAAGUUCGACGUGCAAUAGCUGAAUAGGUCCCAACACAAAUCCCUAUUUUUUGAAAGAAAAAAAAAAUGGUAUCCCACCCCAUAAAGGCCAUUGUGUGUGAGAAAUCCCAAGUAAAACACACUAGCUAUUUACAUCCACUCUUUUGCGGUUGAAUCUCAUAUUUUUCCAUCUUUCACUUGUGCAUCCUAAAUGUUGAGUGUUCAAACACUAUAUCCAUAUGCUCCUCUUUAAUCAUGGUGGAUUACUAAUCAUUCAUAUUAAACCUGCAGUUUACAAAACUUCAACUAGCAUAAAUCUUUGAGUACUUGUUACUUGGUUUCAUUAAUGUUUGCGUAUCUCUUUCUUGUCAUUGUUUGUUUCCACUCACGAUCUUGCACAUUUUUUUGAGCUUUCGCACAACAAGAUGGACACGCAGAGAGAAACGGAAGAUACCAAAAGAGAGUUAACAUCGGAAGAAGAAGAAGAGCAUGCGAAAGUGGAUGUGUGGAAAUAUGUGUUCGGGCUUGUUGAAAUCGCGGUGGUAAAAUGCGCCAUUGAACUUGGGAUAGCCGAUGCAAUUGAAAGCCAUGGCAGCCCCAUGACACUCUUAGAGCUCUCGUCUGCUCUAAGUUGUGAUCCUUCUCACCUUUACCGCGUCAUGAGGGUAUUAGUCCACCUCAAAAUAUUCAAAGAAAAGCCAACGGAAUUAGGUCCCAAAGGUUAUGCACAAACACCUUUGUCCAAACGGCUAUUAAAAUCCGGAGAAAAUAGCAUGGCUGUGCUCAUUUUGUUCGAGAGUAGCCCGGUACUGCUGGCCCCAUGGCACGGCCUAUGUGCCCGACUUCGAGGAAAUAGCAAUCCGUCAUUUGAGGCAGUGCAUGGAGAAGAUGUAUGGAGCUUUGCUGCCGCCAAUCCCGAUCACAGCAAACUCAUCAACGAGGCAAUGGCUUGUGAUGCAAGGGUGGCUGUGCCUGCAGUGAUUGAAAGCUGUUUAUAGGUGUUCAAGGGGCUUGAGACUACAGUAGAUGUGGGUGGUGGUGAUGGGACUACGUUGCGCUUGUUGGUCGAGACUUG